CACCGCCACAUGAACGACAUUUUGGGGGCUCGGUCUUCAGCUCCCCGUCCUCAAACCCCCUCGUAUUUCUCGGUGUGUCUCGGGGGAUAUUUUCUUUUUCGUCUGGAGCCGAAACCGAAAACAGACGGAGCUGUGUUCGAGGCUACCGCGACUUCAGUGGGCGGAUAAAGCGGAGGAGGGCAUCCGGGCCUGGCUGCUCCGGAGAGUCGCCUUGAAACGACGGAAUUCAACCAUUUUCAGGCAGCACACUGCCCUGCUAUGGAGAAGAUGAAGAGGAUUAAGAAGCGCCUGUCGUUAACACUCCGCUCCAGUCAAACUAUCGACGAGUCUCUGUCUGAGCUGGCCGAGCAGAUGACCAUCGAGGACGGAGGCACCAAGGACAAUGAGCCCUUCAUGAGGAACGGCCGUCCCCCCACCUCGCACAGCAUGCACUCCUUCCUGCACCAGUACACCGGCUCCUUCAAGAAGCCCCCACUCCGCCGGCCGCACAGCGUCAUCGGCGGCACCCUGGGGUCCUUCAUGGCUAUGCCACGCAACGGCAGUCGUCUGGAUAUUGUGCAUGAGAACCUGAAGAUGGGCUCCGAUGGGGAGAGCGACCAGGCAUCUGGAACGUCUUCAGACGAGGUGCAAUCUCCGACCGGCGUCUGUCUGAGGAACCGUAUCCACCGGCGGAUCUCCAUGGAGGACCUCAACAAGCGCCUGUCACUGCCUGCCGACAUCCGAAUUCCCGACGGUUACCUGGAGAAGCUGCAGCUCAGCAGCCCGCACUUCGACCAGCCGCUCAGCCGGCGCUCCCGCAGAGCCUCCCUGUCGGAGAUUGGCUUCGGCAAACUGGAGACGUACAUUAAGCUGGACAAACUGGGAGAGGGAACCUACGCCACAGUAUUUAAAGGGCGCAGCAAACUGACAGACAACCUGGUGGCACUGAAGGAGAUCCGGCUGGAGCACGAGGAGGGAGCGCCAUGCACCGCCAUCAGAGAAGUGUCGUUACUGAAGGACCUCAAACACGCCAACAUCGUGACACUUCACGACAUCGUCCACACUGACAAGAGCCUCACACUCGUCUUUGAGUACCUGGACAAGGACCUGAAGCAGUACAUGGAUGACUGUGGAAACAUAAUGAGCAUGCACAAUGUGAAGGUCUUCCUGUUCCAGAUUUUGCGAGGGCUGUCGUAUUGUCAUAAGAGGAAAGUUCUCCACAGGGACCUAAAGCCCCAGAACCUCCUCAUCAAUGAGAAGGGAGAACUCAAACUGGCUGAUUUCGGGCUGGCGAGGGCCAAGUCUGUCCCGACUAAAACUUACUCCAACGAGGUGGUGACUCUUUGGUACCGGCCUCCUGAUGUUCUACUGGGAUCCUCUGAGUACUCAACGCAGAUCGACAUGUGGGGUGUUGGCUGCAUAUUCUAUGAGAUGGCUGCAGGUCGGCCCUUGUUCCCCGGCUCCACCGUGGAGGAUGAGCUCCACCUCAUCUUCAGGUUACUGGGCACACCAACGGAGGAGAACUGGCCAGGCAUCUACUCCAUCGAAGAGUUUAAAUCCUACAACUUCCCCAAGUACAAGCCACAGCCGUUAAUCAACCACGCUCCCAGGCUGGACGGCGAAGGCAUUGAGCUGUUGCUGGCUUUCCUCAGAUACGAAUCUAAGAAGAGGAUUUCAGCUGAAGAGGCCAUGAAACAUUCCCACUUCAGGCAGCUUGGGAUGAGAAUUCAAACACUGCCUGAGAGUGUAUCAAUAUUCACAUUAAAAGAAGUGCAGCUGCAGAGGGACCCUGGUUACAGGAACUCCUCGUACUCAGAGUCAGGUAACGGCAAGAUCAACAGGAGGCAGAGCAUGCUCUUCUAAUGUCUGAUGAAGAGGAUGGUCGACUGCCCAACUCCAUCAUCUCUUCCUAGCAACCUCUCGCAUGAGCCCACUUCCCCUUGGAGUGACACCCCCCCCCUUUUAUCUGCACACACACACAUAAACACGCACACACACCCCUCUGAGCUUCUGACUCUGGGUUGAAUCUAUUUGGAGACUAUUUAUUGUGGGGGGGUUGAGGUUGAAUUUUUUGCUGCUAAACUACUACUGUCUGUAUUUAACACAACGUGUGUGUGUGUGCGUGCAUGUGUGUGUGUGUGUGUGGGUGUAUACAUGAUGUGAACUCUAGACGCCAUGCACAGUUGAGCAGUCAGAAAGGUUACUAUUGUUUUACUCCUGACGACGAUUCUCCGGCUUCGUUUGAGUUAGAAUUCCACUGUUAUUGAUGUCGACGCUGUGAUCAGGUUGUUUUUCUUGUUGUCGUGCUUGGAGAUCGAAAGCUUCAGUUUCUUUAGAUUUUUUUUUUAUAUAAAUAUGUAUAUCUAUAUAUAUAUAUAUAUAUAUAUAUAUAUAUUUGGAGUUUAUGUUUUGUUUUUCUUCAAGCUUCCGUGACUGAACUCCACAGCAUUUCCACAAUUAGAAAGACUGGGUCGCAAGAUGGUCUUGUUUUGGAGGAAAAUCGGUUCCUUUGUAUUCCUUGUCGCUUUAAAACAUGGGGGGGGGCUACACUGAGGGUCAAACAGCAGGACUUUGAGCUGAUUGUGGUAACAGUUUUAAGUUGAUGGUUCAAGAAGCACACAUCGAGUCCAAUCAAACUGGGAGAACUUUCGGUUCUUUCGUUCUUUUCGACCAUUCUGGCUUAGCCAUGGGACCAAAACUGAGGAGUGGGGGGAGGCGAACGGUUGGGAGGACAUGCACAAAGCACGUUUAAAAGAGAAAUACUGGAGCUGAACAGGAAGUCAUGUGACGUCCCACAGGAAGCCAGCAAGCCUUCCCUAAAACCCCUCAAAAAACUGCCAGGACUUCAGAGCUUUUAAAAAAAAAUAAAAAAAAUGCAAGCUACACUUUUUUUCUCGCUCUGUGCAUUGAGAUUUCACUGCAGUAAGUCUUUGUUUUUAACUUGCACUUCAGUGUGUUUUUUUGGAACCAGGGACCGGUGCCUCUACACGGUCGAGUUUACCCAACAGUAUUAAGAUGUGUCCUCUUGUUUGUGACCUUUGACCUCUCCUUGUGAAACAACAGUAUCGUUGUGGCAUGUUUUUUUUUUCGAAAGGGAGGGGGUAGCCGGGAUCAGGGUGGGGCCUUCAAAAGAAAAAUGGUUGUUUUCCACUUGGCGUCAGACCACUGCUCUCCAGCAUUUGUACACAAAGGAAAAAAAGAUUUCAAAUUGAAAUUUUAGAUUUAUGCUACGAUGAUGCUACAGAUGAAGCCGGUUGAGAAGUCUCACUUUUAACUGCAUGUUUACUGAAGCAAUUAGAAGAUCUCCCGAAAAAUCACUUAAACAGUUUCAAAGUAUCUCCUGGUGUGCUUUGCAUCCCUGGUUUAAUUUAUAUUAGGGUUUAUUCACAUCUUGGCCAGAUAAUUCCAGCUUUCAAGGAAUGUUUGACAUUUUGGGCGAGAGUUACAUGAGAGAUAGAUGCACCUCUCAUGUCUGUAGAGUAAAUAUGAAGCUGGCACCAGGGGGUUGUUACUGAUUGGGUAGAACAUGCUAGAAACGUGCUGGAAGCAGGACAAAUGCUUUUUAAACUCAUUAAUAGCUGAGAGAAUUAAUGUAAUAAACAUUAACUUUAUCACAGUUUGCAGCUAAUAGUGUAAUAAUCCUGUAAACAUACUCAUCAUUUCACUAGUUUAAACCUCUGGCAGGAUGUUUCUUCUCCUUUCAGCGUGGAUUAAAUAAUAUAUCAUGAGCUCAUAAUUUAUGAAUUAACGUUCCAUACAAACUGUCACAACAGAAAGAAUGCAGAUGGAAGAUACUUUUAACGAUUUACAUUUCAAAUAAUGUAACAAUUAUUGUAUUCACAGGAAAAAAAAAGUCAUUAUAUUAAUGGUAGACAUCCUGUAUUACAUUGACCCAAUCAAUGCUGAUUGAUUUCUCCUUUGGUAGCUUUACAAGGAGAAAACCUGUUUCUUCCCCUCAUGUUGUAUUUCACGUAAACUGUACCGGCGUGUUUGGAUGCUUCACUGACACACUAUUACACUUAAAAUAAGUUGUCUUUAAUUUAUUACGCAUGUUGCUAUAAUCAAGCGUAAGAAUGCAGGAUUAUUCCACCAUUAACUGCAAACUUUGUCACUAAUAACGGUUUAUUUUACAUGAACAGCAGUGACAUGCAAGAAAGGAGAUUUCUGAAACCGCUAAAUGUUUUUCAUUGUAAAACUGUAAAACUUUUUCAAAUGUAUGAAUGACCUGAAUUCAUGUGAACGUGUCUGAGCGAGCGUGCGCGUGUAUGUGUGCCUGAUGCAUGGAAGGCCUGCUGUGUUGUGAAUUCGACCUCUCUGAAACACUGAGCCGCCGGUGAACAGUUGGUGUGUGACUCUUUUUACUGGAACUAUUUAUUUCUCAUAACCAUCAAAAGUAAAUUUAAUCUGUUUCAUAAACAGUCUGUGCAGUCGUCGUUAUUUGAGUUGUGAAAGAGUGUGUUAAACUAAAAUAAUAUAAUAAUUCUGAAAAUUAAUUAAUUUUAUUCCAAAAAAACAGUAACAUUUGUCUCAACAAAACACAAGCAAAUCACUGAGAAUACAUUUCCAUUAAUUUCUUUAUAAAAAUAACCAGGAGUCAUUUUACAAAAUAAAAGCUUUUGUGCAAUUUUGACCUGGAAUAUCUAUUAAAACCUGGUUUAAAGCUUAAUACAUUUACACAAGUAUUACAAUAUUGAAGGCACAGCUGGUACAAGGCUGAAAAGUACAGUGCAUUUAAAAAAACUAAAUAAAAGCGUGACACUAUACAGAUAAAAACAAGUUCACAGCGUCAAGUCAAAGCAAUGCAGAAGAAAAAAUGAAAAAGACUUCUACAGCGUUUUAGCGUACUGGCUAGCAGGUGCUCUGCUAGGAGUCAGGGAGGGAUUCAUCUCGUGGCCACGAUCAAACAAUCAACAUCUGGAAAAAUCUUUAUCAAAUUUAAAAAAAAAUGUAAUUCAUUGUAAUUUUCUUUUUUUUCAUCCCCAAAAGGUUGAUAAAUGAGACAAAGCUAUUGGUUGACUGUAUAACACCCAAAAAUGGUCAAAUUCUAAGAUUUGUUCAAUUUAAAGGAAGCCUCGACAUUUUUCUUUCUGCUGAUGUUAUGUGCUAAACAAUUAUUUUUCCUUCAGUCCCC